UAGCGCAGGCGCAUAGUGUCCUUCAAUAUGGCCGCCUCCGUGGAUCUGGAGUUGAAGAAGGCCUUCACAGAGCUUCAAGCCAAAGUUAUUGAUACUCAACAGAAGGUGAAGCUUGCAGACAUACAGAUUGAACAGCUAAACAGGACAAAAAAGCACGCACACCUUACGGACACGGAGAUCAUGACACUGGUGGAUGAGACUAACAUGUAUGAAGGUGUAGGAAGAAUGUUUAUUCUACAGUCCAAGGAAGUAAUUCACAACCAGCUGUUAGAAAAACAGAAAAUAGCAGAAGAAAAAAUUAAAGAGCUGGAGCAGAAAAAGUCCUACCUGGAACGGAGUGUUAAGGAAGCUGAAGACAACAUCCGAGAAAUGCUGAUGGCUCGAAGGGCACAGUAGGAGCUGCUGGGAAAGUUCUUCCUUUCUGAUCCCUCUCAUCCUGUGUCAAGACAGGGGUUGUGCAGGGCACUGCCCUCCCUCUGCCCUGUGGCCCCAUCUCUCUGUCACCCUGAGGCCCUUCAGGUCCCAACUGAAUGUCUGCCAACCACUGCCCAGGACACUCUUCUUUCCUGGGGCAAGCCAGGAGCUCUCAACAGAGGGAAGAAAUGGAGGGCAGAGGGAGAAAGCUGCCCAAGCCUGUCACUAGGCAUGUGGGUUAGACCAGGUUAGACCAAUAAAAAACUAUGUCUCACUCUAUGACAUCUGCUUUUCUCCAACUGAGGAGAGAGAGGCAAGUGUCUACCUCAGCUCGCGUCCCUUUUUUCUCCUCCUUCUGUCCCUUGACAGGUGACACAUGGGCCUCCCUGUAGAGCAUAGAAGAAGGAAGACAAGUUGAUAGGUGAGGUGAACAGAGCCACAGUUGGCGUCAGGGUUCCUUCCCUGUUUUCUCCUCAGAAUUCCAAAACAAAGUUCAAUAGCAAGCAGCAUCUCUGGCUCUGUCUGGCCAUGGUGCCACCUCUGAGCUCCCCUUCGUUUUCUCAGAACAGCCCGUUCACCGCGCAGCUUUCAGGAAUUUACUGCAGGUCAGCUGAACACAACUGUUCUUGAAAACUAGAUGUAAACUAAGUAUUUCGAAAAAACUACUAGUGAAUACUCAGAACACC